AUGUGCCAAAGGGUGGAGGACCUGCUGGAAGCUGGAAUUUAUCGAUCGAAGGAUCUGAAAUCUCUGACCGAUCUGCGAUUCCCCGGAUCGCUUCGAUCCAUGCAAUCGUUUCUGGGGAGUCUAAACUACUACAACCGAUUUAUUGAGGACUACGUUAUAUACGCCUCGGUGCUAUAUGAGCUACACGAGGUGGAAUUUGUAGAACUGGAGAAACGAUCGGAUCUGAGGAAGAUCAUGAACCAGAAUGACCCGAUGGUACGGGAUAACGACCCGCCGGAACUCCAGCCUGCAAAACCAUUAGAUGAGAGGGCUCAUAAGGCUUUCAUCGCCCUGAAGACCAAGAUCGCGACGACGCCAAUUCUCCGCCACUUCGACGAGACGAGAACGCCGGCAGUGAUUGUAUAUGCCAGUGAUUGGGCGAUUUCUGCUUCGUUGAUGCAAGAACACGACGGGAUCUACCAUCAUGUUACUUUUGCCAGUCGGACGCUAAAGACGAAAGAACUGAAAUACAAUGUGACGGAAAGGAAGUGUUGGCAUGGUAGUAUAGAUCUUGGAUCUAUACUACAACUUUUUGGUGGGACGCGACAUCAGGGUCCUGACGAGGCACUCCACGCUAGUCUUGCUGUUCAAGUCAACGGGAUUACAAGGCCGCUUAGGGAAAUGGUCAGCGCUCUUGGCGGCGUGGACUCUCGAGAUCACAAGAUAUACAAAAGGAGAAGACGAGAUAAUGGGGGCGAUCGCUGCCAGCAUCACGCCGAGGUCAAAGAUCGACGACGCCUUAACCGCUAUCGCGCCGCGAAGGAACCUAAACGCCGGAUCCAAACACCGAUGCCCACUGUGGGCCGAGAGGAGGAAUUAUGA